CACCGCCACCGCCACCGCCCCAUCAUAAAACACACGCGCACCCGCACUCCCGGCCUCCUCAUUCCUCCCGUCACCUAGCCUAGCUCCACCUCCACCUCCGUCGUGCCUCGGCUACCUACCUCAUUCACCCGCCAUGGCCGCCGCCGGAUCGGCCGUCUUCCCCGCGCAGCGGCUCCAGGUAAGCAGCCGCCGGAGCGCGGCGUGCUUCUCGAGGCAGCAGAGCUUCCCGUCCAUCUCGAUCCGGUCGGCUCCCACCAAGAAGCGCUUCCUCCACCUGGCUUGCUCGGCCAAGCAGGACACCAUCGACAAGGUCUGCGGGAUCGUCAAGAAGCAGCUGGCCGUCGCCGAGGGCACCGUCGUCAGCGGAGAGACCAAGUUCGCCGACCUCGGGGCCGAUUCGCUCGACACGGUUGAGAUCGUGAUGGGUCUGGAGGAGGCAUUCAGCAUCACGGUGGACGAAUCGAGCGCCCAGGAGAUCAGGACCGUGGAGGACGCCGCGUCUCUCAUCGACAAGCUCGUGACAGACAAGGAUUCUUAGAACGACGGCCUCCGUGCCCCUGCCUGAAUAGCUUUUUGGGUGCUCUCCUUGUUGUUGUUGUUGUACUCUAAAUACAUAUAUCAAAUGAUGAACUGGCUGAAACUAGUUAGCCAGGAAGAGGGUCUCUAUGCAGAGGUUGUUUUUGUGUAUGCUAUGCUAUCCCAGAUUGAAUAAGUAAAUGAGGGGGGUAGCACUUCUUCCCUGAGGCAAAGAUUGCUGUUA